CAUACCCAACCCCAGUGAAGAAGAAGAAGAAGAAGAAGAAGAAGAAGAAAAAGAAGAAGAAGAGCACAUCGGCCGGUCGCCGUCCGUCCAAGAAGAAGAAGCUAGGCAUCACGCCAGGUCAGCGACCAUGAGGAUGACGACCACCGGCCUCCUCCUUGCCACCGGCGUCAUUGUUUUCGUCAUCUGCGCCGCCGCCACCCCCACACACGGGUGGAUAUCCUCCGACGACGAUCCGAAGAUCGAAGAGCUCGCAAAGUGGGCGGUGGCGGAGAUGAAGCAAGGCCUCCAGUUGAUCAACGUGGUCCGUUGCGAGGAGCAAGACCAAGGCGGUCCAGGAAUCAUCUAUCGUAUCCUGCUGGACGCGGUCCACCGCACCGGCGGGAUGGGCCACUUCACGGCGGACGUGUACGAGGACGCGGCGACCAAAGUGCGCGCGCUCCUCUACUUCGGCACAGCCCGGUAGUAGGCAGCGGCCGGGAUGGGAGGACUAUUUAGGCUAAUGUGAUUAAUUUAAGCCAGUGUUUCCCAUGUGGAUGGAGUAUCAAGCAUGUUUGUCUUUUGUUUCACACCAGUAAUAAGAUGUUGCAAGAAAAGCAGUAAUGCUACACGCC